AUGACGGAACAAGUGAUAGAUCCAGCUAGGCCUAUCUUGUCAUUUAGAGAUGAAGUAUUAAUUGUUCAGGGUCAUAGACAAACGUAUGAACAACCAGACGAGAUAGCUCUUGAAAUCCUCGAAAAAGCCCUUCAUGAUGAUGAAAGAGGGCCACCAAGAGCUCCCAGUGGAGAUCCCAAAGACACCAAUCUCCUUCCAUUUCAACAAUUGUCCUUACUCGAUCUUCAAAGAUUCUUAUCAUUUUGCGGUCCAGUCAACGGUCCAGAUGAAUCUAUGGUCUACAAUGAAAGAAUAGGCGCCAGCAUUCUCAAAGUAACCGAUGCUUAUCUCCGUCAAAUAUGUCUAUUUGUAAAUAGCCAUUCACCAAUCCGAAAUAAGCGCGAUGAUUAUCCAACAGUGGCUUAUCUACCUUAUGACUUUUGGGCUCCACCGACAAAUCCGCCCACGGAAGAAUACAUAGAAGAUAGAGCAAAAUUCAUAAGAACGAAAGCACGUCUCCCACCUCAAAGACUUAGAGCUCUUACCCACUUGUUCAUUCAUAUCACACCAUUUCCGACGAAACUCUCUGUGAAACCAGACAGUGCCUUGAUAGUAGUAACUCCUAGAGCGGCUACAAUAGAGUAUUUUGAUUAUUUGGAUCAUCCGGAUAAGCAUUACAUAAUAGGUGAUAUUAUGAAUGUGAUCUCUCGUGUUGAUCCAGAUCGAGAUACCACUUGGCUUGAACUCGCAGAUUGGAAAUGUAGAACUGGAGAGAAUUGGGGAGCGGAUGAUGUUUCGGACCGAAUGCCUGCAAGAUUGAGAGGAAGUCAAAUUCACGUUUGUACAGAUGCUCUUGGUCAAGCUUUUGGACACAAUGUUCGUCUGGAUUACCCAAUGGGUCCCGGGGAAUUGAUGGGUUUCUAUGGCACAGUCUAUGAUUUUGUGAAUUGGAGAAAGGCAAUGAUUAUUACGAUCGAUCUUUAUCUUGGUUAUUUCUCAAAUAUCAUUACGGACCGUCAAUUUAAACCCAGAGUUAAGAGACUUUUUGGUCAUCGCCCAUACAAGGAGGGGGAAAAUCAACCUUGGAUAGAUGAUGCAAGACAAAGAAGAGGGGGUACUCGAUGGUUACAUUUUAACAACAAAGUCUUUAGAAGAUUUUUAUCCAGAGAGUUAGCUCAGUGGAAUGCAUCAAAUAUUUGGAGAGGACUUGAUGAAAUGGAAUUGAUUGAGAAAGCUAGAAUAAGAGAGGGACAUCCUAAUAGGUUAGGAAGAUAUGAUGAUAUGCCAACAGGGGCAGAAUUAGGAGAAUUUGGAAAAGAGAUGAAGGGAAAAAGGACAAGAAAAUUGAGGAGAUGGCUAGAAGAUCGAGAUGUUGAUAAAGGUCAAAGAGUAACUCGUUAUCAUAAAGAUACAGAAACGAUUGGAUGGAUUAUUGGUAAAGGAUUGUAG